UUUUUUCUUUGUCCCCAUUCCCUAUUGCUUGAACCUCCAUUGCAGAGUCUGUUGUGCAUUCAUCAUUACCAUCUUCGAAGCUUCGUGACUUUUAAGGAUAUGCUGUCGGGAGGAAACAGCAUCGUUUGGAAUAACCAUGGCGAGCCCAAUAACGAAGAACUGAUGGAAAUGGCAGGCACCAUCUCUUCUUCUUCAUUCAAAUCCAUUCUCGAAGCUGAAGAUGAUCCCACCAAUAUCUGGUACAACUCCGCCGCCGGCCGCCAUGGCAUCUCAACAUUCACCUCAAGAAAUUCCGGCGAUCACGACGACGAUGACGAGGACAACACCCAUCUGAUCUUACAACCUCAGGAUAACUCUCCUUCCUCCUGCUCUCCAUCACCAGCCUCAGUUUUCAAUCCAUUUCAUCAUCUUCAGGUAAUAAACCCCUUUCUGCAACAAAGAUCUUUAAUCCCGACAGCAAUCCCUCCUCAUGUCGUCACAAAACCCUUUGAGAGCACCUUCGAUUUGGGCUGUGAAAACGGGUUUCUGGACAGCAGUAAUGGAGUUUCUGGCUUCACUGAUCAUUAUAACCAAUUGGGAAUCCCCAAUUCAAACCCUAAUCACACGCAGGUUACAGGUGCAUCCAAUUUAAACCCUUUUUUCGAAUUAGGGUUUGAUGAGGCCUCCAUGAAAGCAGAUUAUUCUUUGCCCUAUUACAACCCUAAGCCACUAGUGAAUAAUUUCUCCACAACUAUUGACAAUCAUAAAAAGGAUUCUUUCAACUUUGGUGACCGUGAAGCCAUUAAUAAUCAAGUUGUAAGCUUGAAUCCAACAGAUCAAAAUGGAGUGAUGAUUAGUGAAAGUAAAAGGAAAUCAAGUAGUGGGAAUGAUGAGGAUGAAGCAAUCAGCAUCGACGAUGAUUCUAGUCUGAAAAACGGCGGCGGCGGCGAAAGUAGCUCGCCGGCGGUGGCCGGAGGCAAUCAGAAAGGGAAGAACAAAGGGCUUCCGGCGAAGAAUUUGAUGGCGGAGAGGCGGAGGAGGAAGAAGCUCAAUGACAGGCUGUUCAUGCUUAGGUCUGUGGUGCCAAAGAUCAGCAAGAUGGACAGGGCUUCAAUACUAGGAGAUGCUGUCGACUACUUAAAGGAGCUUCUGCAGAAGAUUAACAAUCUUCAAACUGAACUAGAAUCCACCCCUUGCAGCAGCUCUUCGCUUGCGCCGCCUGCCGACUUCUUCCCUUUCUCACCUCCAGCUACGCCUUCUCAACUUCCGGCGGCUCAUGUCAAAGAAGAGCAUAGCUUAAGCCCACUGGGACAACCUGCGAGAGUUGAGGUGAACUUAACCGAAGGAAGAGGCGUAAACAUACAUAUGUACUGCGGAUUGAGGCCGGGGAUUCUGCUCGCGGCGAUCAGGGCUAUCGACAGCCUCGGCCUCGACAUUCAGCAAACUGUUAUCAGUUGCUUCAAUGGUUUCGCCAUGGAUGUUUUUCGAGCUGAGCAAUGCAAGGAAAGACAAGAACUCCAUCCUGAUCAGAUAAAGGCUGUGCUUCUUGAUUCACUUGGCUUUCAUGGCGUUUUGUGACCACUUCAAAUACCCCAAAAACAUGUCUGAAUUUUUCUCCAUGUGCUAUGGUCUGUAUUGUCUCAUUUAACAUGAUGUUUUUUUAACUACUUCGUCCAUAUGCUUUGAUACUUCAAAAUUUAAAUUUCUUGAAAAAUA